AGCAUUCCUGAUCUUCUUUAAAGUAUUGGUGACAUACACACGUAUAACUCGAUUGAAAUAAUAAUGUCCACAUUGUCGUCUGAAAUCCCCUUACAUACAUAUCCCAAGGAGAAGUCCUUAUCAAACAAUAAUCAUUUUUUAAACUUGGAAAAAUCAACACCUCUAACUACAAUAGAUUCCAAUGCAUCCAGUAUUGAUCUUCAUUUCAAUCCUAAUGAUAAAUACUUAUAUCGUCGAUUAAUACUUAAUCUAGUUAUUGAAUCAGUAGUGUCAUUAAUUAUAUACUAUAACUAUGAUAAUUUAUCAUCAUUCCAUUAUUUCCUUGGACCAACAUUAUUAGGUUCUUCAACUGCUGCAUUAGCUCAAUCAAUAAAUCAAUUCAUUAAAAAGAAAUAUAGUUUAAAUAAGAUUUUAAAAUUCUUAGUGUGGGGAUUAUUAAAUGGAUAUUUUACAGUAUUAUGGAUAGAUAUUCUUUUAUUAAGAGUUGAUAGUCUUUCUUCUAGGGUUAUAAUAGAUCAAUUUGUAGGAGCUCCAUUUUUUCAAUUGAUAUUUAAUGUUUUAAAUGCCUUAUGGGAUAAUGGUGAAUUGUCUGCAAGCACUAGAACUGCCUUCAUAAAAUCUUUGAAGUACAGUUAUUGCUUUUGGCCAUUCUUCUCAAUUUGUCUGUUUGUAUUCAUUCCUAAAUCAAUGUUAUUUCCUGCAAAUUGUUUGGCAAAUUUACUAUGGAAUAUUAUUUUAAGUAAAUUAGCUUGAAUCAAUUAACUUAAUCAAUUUGAUAUUAUCAACGCAUUUAUUCAUUAAUACAUUUUCAUUUCUACAAACGGUUUUACGUUAUUUGUUAUAUAGUUAAUUGGUGAUAGAU